AUGCCUUUAGUGCAAGUUGAGUACAUAGAAUGUUAUCAUGUGAAGCAACUAAAUAAGUUUUGGAUAGAUAGAAAUUUGUACUCUGUGACCACUGAUAAUAAAAUAUUAUCUUCUCUAUUCCAGGUGCUCACAUGUUCGUGUGUCGCCCUCCACUACCACAGCUACGAUGGUGAUGCUCAGACCGGUAUGCUGGUCACCGGUACCUUCGUGGGAUACCUUAUCAUAUUUGCCGGAGCUGCAGCCGGUUAUGUCAUGCAGACACCCUCACACAAACGCGUUGACAUUUUCUACUCGCUGAUCGGAGUUGCCUUGUUCGUCGCCAGCGGAGCCCUUAUUAUUGACAAAUACCAGAACGCGUCAAAAUCAGAAUGGAGGGACAAGAACUUGGCUAAGGCUUCCCUCGCCAUCAUCAAUGGUGCCCUCCUCCUGUUGGACGCCGUCCUCACACAGCGUGGAGGCUAAACCCUUACUUCAUAUGCCAUGGCCACAAAUCACUUGAAAUCUCAACUUUAUGUCUAUAAUCUUUCGAAUUAUUAUAUUAAGAACUGAUAUUAUCAGGCACAAAAUCGAGUAAGAUACAAAUCUAAAAUUGCAUAUAAAAGUUUGUGAACGAACCAUAAUGAUAUUAAAUUCGUAGAUUAGUAAUCAGUAUUUUUGAAAAGAAAUACCAAUAAACGUGGCCAUGCUUGAUUUGAUAACUUCUACUUUAUAUAUUAAGCCGUGGAUCAAUAUUAAAUCUAUAUAACUUGACGCUUAACAAUAAAAGAAACUAUUUGCGUACAAAAUAUAAAACACAAUGGAAUAUUGACCCAUACUGAUUAAUUAAGUAAAUUAUUAAUAGGAUUUAAUGUUAUAUAAUGUACCUCGAUAGAAUUUUAAUAAUUAAGUACAUACGUAACAAUAAAAUUAUUUAACGAAUAUAUAAUUAUACUAUAUGUCGUUGUUGUAACAGCUAAAAGCUUCUAUAGUUAAGGUUCUAAGAUCUGCAUGUGGUUUUUGAGAUGGCUUCGUCCGAUUGGAUGAUUUGUGUUACUAGUUAAAGUUGCAAACAGAAUUAAAUAGUGCCUUUAAAAUGACGAAAUAAACUGGAGAUCAAUUUUACUAUUUUUGAUAUUACUCGUACCUAUUUAUCAUAUCGACCGCUAUGGGUAAAUGAACUAGUCCCCUCAAACUUAUAUGUUAUAAGCGGCUUUGUUAAAAACAGAUAUUGUUUACCUGAUAAUUAUUAUGUACCUUAUUGUUAAGUAUUUAAAGCUGAUUACUGCCUAAAUGAGAUCACAAAGAAUAUAUACGAAUGUUGCAAAUAAAGAUUUUAUACAUACGCAUUUUGUCAAAGAAUCGAAAGAAUUAGCAAUAUUUUUAGAUUCGUCUGUAAACAUACACUACACAGACAUUUGCAUUUUUAUAUGUAUUUGUAUACACAUUGUAUAAUUUUCGUUUCUACAAUAAAUCACUUUGGAAUUA